GAUCCCCCUCCAAAACAGCGGCCAAGUGCGACGAGUCCACAAGGCCACAAGUUGUGGCUGAUGAAAGAUUGUGGUGGAGGUGAAAGUGGACUCGGCGCGUUGAGAGCGCAGGGCGCGUUGGGGCACUCGCGUUCGUGACUCGACAAAACGUGACUUCCCCUCUCACCCAACUUCGCCACACUCUCUUCUUUGUUUGAGCUACGAUUGAACUACCUUUGAUAAACCCUCUCUUUUCAAAGCGGGGAGAACAAGACGGCAAUGUCUCCCAACAAGUUCAACGUCCUCGAUUCGCUUGUAGACUCCGUCUAUGACAAGUGUAACCAGCUGGGACUGCAUUCAUCUCCACUCACCAUAGCCAUAACCAUUCUGGUAGCGCUCGCUCCUUUCCUGGCGGUCCUCAUCUUGGCCAUUACCCAAAAAGAGGAGCGUCUUCCUCCCCCAGCAGGAUGCCGCAAACUAGGACUCCAAGGGCCCUCCAACCUCUCCGACCAAUUCUCCAGCAAGUACAGUCAAGGUGGUGAUCGCGGCCCAAGUAACCCGUGGAAGGUAAAAGCCCUGUUCAUAUACCCUGUGAAGAGCUGUAGAGGGAUCGAACUUGAAAAGAGCGACAUCGUCAGCACCGGUCUCAAGUAUGACAGGCAAUUCACUUUCGCACAAUACGUCACUGGACUCCCGACUUUGCAGGGAAAGGUCCAAAGUGAGUGGACCUUCAUCACUCAGCGGACCUUUCCGAGGAUGGCCAAAGUAGAAGUCGAGAUGUGGGUUCCUGACCCAGAGGCGCCUGGGUAUAGUCCGGAUGGCGAAUGGGUCCAGAGCGAGGGGUGUGUGGUUGUUCGAUUUCCGUUUACACCUGACGUGGACUUGAGUUUCGAGGGGUUGAAGGCUUAUGGGAGCAUCGUUGCAGCCAAAUUGUCUGGCAAAGCUGAGCCCAUGGUUGAAUUCCGUGUUCCCUUCAAUCCCCUCAAAGGCCGACAGAAGAUGCUGAGGUACAAGUCAGAGAAGCUCAAGAUUUGGAAAGAUACCCCAGAGGCCCUCAACGUUGGGACCGAAGUGCCAGAUGAGGUCAUGGCAAAGCUCAAAUACACCCUUGGUGUUGCCAACCCAAUGACUCUCUUCCGCAUUGAUCCUGCAAAAUACCGGGAAGUCCACAAGAAUGCGCCCAAGAAGGAAGACGUGGGUUUCCAAACUGCCAUCGGCAUGCAGGACUCUUAUCCCAUGCACAUAAUGAACCUUGCUUCCGUCCACCACGUUUCCUCGCAGCUACCCAAAGGCUAUCCGCCUCUCAGCGCCCUUCGUUACCGCGCUAACGUCUUCUUCACCGGCCCGCCUGCAUUCAGCGAAGAUGACUGGAAGAAAGCUCGCAUCGGCGCGGGUACCUAUCAUAUCUCGUGUCGCACGACGCGCUGCAAGUUGCCGAACGUCGAUCCCGAGACGGGCAUUGCUGAUCGCAACGAGCCAUCCACGACCAUGCGAGAAUACCGCGUGAUUGACCAAGGUUCGAAGAAUGCGUGUCUGGGCAUGCAGGUUACUCCGCUGGAUGCGAAGGAGAUCAAAGUCGGGGAUGAGAUUGAAGUGCUGGAACGCGGAGAGCAUUACUGGCUGAAGGAGUGAUAUUUUGUGUUAGCAUGUCCUCAUUUGAACUGUAAAUUAGUGCAAAGAGCAACUAAUGUUUGCUAUAUAUGCAUUAUAAUGACGACUCA